AUGGCUGAGUUGCAACCAGUCUUGGAUCUUCUGGCCACCGGGACCGCCAGUGGCGGUGAACUGUUCGAUGCCUUUGAGCCUCUUCGCCGUGACUCGAACCGCGACAUCGUCGGAUAUGUCCGUAUCCCGACUGGCGCGUUCACCGCGCAGAUCCAUGAGGGCAAGGCCCUGAAGGCCGUGCUCUUUGACAACCACCAGGCCAAUGUCCGCUCCUCAAUGGCUCAGCUCAUCCAACUCCGAAAAGACCUGGCCAACCAGCAACUGGUUCUGGGCCUUACGUUGUUUCGUGCAAUCGACACUCUGACCGGCGUCUCAUUUAAGCUACCUGUCAAAGACGGACAGCAAACUUUCCUUGUGGAGUCCUCCCACGCAAUGGAUGGGUUCCACAUCGACAUAUUUGACUUUGCCCACGAUCGCGCGGCCGAACGGCACCUCUGGUGUAUCCUCGCUGCGUGCCCCACCUAUCGUGGGCGUGGUGCAAAACCGUCCCGCUACCGCUUGACGUUGGCCACGGCCGAUGCGCCGUCUCUGUUUAGAUCUAACGGUCGACUUAUCGACGAGAUUAUUCUGCUGGGUAGUUGCCACCGUGUUUACGGAAAGAGUUGGUACAACCACAAGCAGCCCCUUCAGCCUACGGACAUGGAUAUUGCGGCCCGUGAGUGA